AUGGCGUCUCCGUUGCCCAAAAGGAAACGUUUCUCACAAACAAGCGAUAAUAUUAGAAGAUCCACUGCAGAUAAAUUGAAACUAUUUGAAUCAAUACGCGGUAAAGAGGUUGCCAACACUCCGUUUUGGGACAUAAUUGUCAUCACUGCUUUGGACGAAAGCCAGAGAGAUGCUUAUGACAUUCAACUGCAAUCCAAACUUUCCAGAGGUGAAUUACCUUUAGGUGUAAAGUAUCACGUGUUUUAUGAUCCACCUGGGCCCAAGAUAGGUAAUGGCGGCUCUGUACUUGUCACGAUUGGUGAUUUGUUAAAGAUUUAUAACGAAGAGGAGUUGAUGAAGUACAAGAUUUUAAUGCUUCCGGCUGGAGGAUACAGCCAAAGAUUGCCAAACGCUAGCGUUCUUGGGAAGGCAUUCACUGCUCUUCCAACUGGUACGUAUGUUAACCCUUUGGGACCAGCCGGCCCUAAGUGUCUGUCGUAAGACCGAUUUAGACGAUACGAUUUUUGCUUAUAAUGAUAAUGAUGAUAAGCAUGAGUCCGGGAGGAGGGUUGGGGUGGGGGGGAUUGCUCCCCUAUAAAAGUGAUGGGGGUGCUUGUCGUACCCUUAGGGGUUUAAAUUUCUGGAUUGGUAUGGCUUAGGGUACUAAAACCUAAAAUGACUGCUGCCAUAGUUGAUAAGCUUUAUUAGCAUUUCAAGGACUUUCAAAAAGUCCUUAAGAAAAAAGUGUUCAAAAAUUACCUUUAUUACUAUUAAAAUUUGCAGUGCCAGUUAAAUAAUUUGUUGUUGUUGUAUUGGUACCUCUUAGGGGUGGAAAUGAAUUUGGGACACACCCAUAAAACAAGAUUCUGGUAUCUUUUAGGGGUGUUCUCAAAAUUUUCCGACGAUCACCCCUUUCACUUUUAAACGGGAGUGUCCCCCGGGGCAUACGUCAUGACUUUAUGACAGAUUGUGUCUUGUAAAUUAGACCCAUGACAUUCAUACAACACAUUGUGGAUGUCGUAAGUGAAAAUUGUGUACAUGUGGAUAGUCGAAGUCAUGACAUAUACUAGUUGCGCACAAUAGUCGUAAGCUAAAAUCUUACCAUUUAAAUUGGCCUUUAGAGAGAUUUCCAUCCUAUAGAGAGUCGAAUAAAAGGAGUAAAGAAAGACAGGGACCAACUCUAGGUGUCUGGGCUAGAUUGCAGAAUACCUGACCCACUAAAUAUCUAACUUAAAAAACUGCUGCCACAGUCACCUGAUUUGCAUGAUAAAUUCUGACUUUAACUGGGGGAGUGUGGGAGAACUAGUAUGCCUCAUUCUGUAAGCACACAAGUUACUUGACAUUGACUGUGGGAGUGCAGGAGUGCGGGAUCACUAGUUGUAAACCCACUCAAUAUUCACUUUUCGGCGACUGCAGGAGCACUUGUUUUAGUCACUUAGAUUUAAGUGCUCAUCAACUACUGGACUGUGGGACUGUGGGCCCAGCAUGAUAGAACACAAGUGCAGGACUGUAGGAGUAUAUGCUGAAGACAUGUUAAGACAUGAUAAAUAACAUGCAAUUUUGCAAUAAUAACUUAACAUUACAAUAUAAUAACUUACAAUAUAAUCGUGAGCUUGGAAAUCUACUGUACAUGCGAUCAUAUACAAGGAUAUAAAGAGAAAGACUAAGUAUACUUAAAUUAUGCUUUUUUGGACAAGUAGGAGCAAAUCCUUAGAACAAGGUUGCUUGCUCAAUUGUUGAAUGAGUAUAUCAAAUUCAAAGAUUAAAAUUGAUUAUCCCAAUGAGAUCAAAUCAAACAAGAUAUAGUCCUCUUGAGCAUAAAGCAGUUCAUGGGGAUAUAAAAAUUCCAUCACAGCAUUGCCUAUAUGUACCCAGUUGUUUCAAAGGUUACAGCCACACACAUUCCUUCAUGCUCAUAAAUUUCAAAGUGAAGUACAUAGAAUGCAAUUUUGUUUUCUCAGGUGAUCCUCCAUAUCAAGUGAUUGAACUUCAGAUAGCUAUGUUUAUGGAUCUUCCAUCACGGAUGAACCCUGGUCUCUUUGUGGUUGCUUCAGAUUGUAUUGAGCUGUUUAAUAGUGAGGGAGAUUGGUCUCUUACAAAGCCAGGCUUCACAGCAUUAGCUCAUCCUUCUCCUGUUAUCAUUGGUACAACUCAUGGUGUAUUUGUGCUUGCUGAUCAUGAGGUGAAAACUCAUAUUGCAUUUACUAUGUCUUGAAGAAGCACUAUUUGUGGUGUAUAUGAAACAGCAAAUUUUUAGUGAUAUUGGUGCUAAUUUGGGUCUGUGAAACUUUUUCAGGGAUGGGAGUUAAUGUACAGUGUAGCUAAUUUUAUGUGGAAAGAAACUAUUCUGUUUUAAAAUAAAAAAAUGAUAAGCCAUUUCUACAUUGCAAUAAGCCUGUAUUUCAAAGCAAGGUUAAGUACAAAGGUGAUUUUUUAUUCUCGUAAAAAAUAAAUUCAUUUUCACAAAAGAAGAGUUGCACUUAGCCUUGUUUUGAAAGUGAGAAUUCUUGGAACUCGGAAUUAAUGGCUUAUUUAUUACAGCACAAGUAAGGAGUGAGGAAGGGGGGCAAGAGUGGCAAGUCGCAGACUACUUGGACAGUGGUGGGGCCUAAUUAUCCUGCAUUGUGUUCACACACAGGAAUUGUUAUUGAGCUGGUUUUUGUCUCAUGGUUCUUUUCAAAUAGUGUUUUUCUUUGGGCUCCCAGGUCCAAUUCAGCCUGAGAUUUGACCCGGGGUUUGGGGGAGGGGGCAUACUCAACAAAGUUUUGCACCACUGUUAGGUAGAGCUUCCCUGUAGUGGCCAUUAUAGCUAGUACCCCCUCCACCUGUGUGGGAUUCAAAGGUCAUGGGUUUGCCAGUCUACAAAGACUUGAGUGCCAGUCUUAUAAUAAUAAUAAUAAAGUUGAUUGAUUUUUUAGAAAAAACAUUUUUGUACAAUUAUAUUUUUCUACAGUUAAAUAUUUAACCUAUAUUUCCUAAGAGUGAUAUUUUUAUAAGUAAUAGCAUGAUUUGUAGUGAUAUUUGGCAUAAAUACCAUGAGUGAUAUUUCAAAAUUGUUAUACCUAAUUUCACGAGCCGUUAGGCGAGUGAAAUUUUGAGACAAUUUUUAAAUAUCACGCGUGGUAUUUGUACCAAAUAUCACGUACGAAUCAGGCUAUUAUUUGUUUAUACUACUACCCGCAAAAGGUUUGUAAUUUCCACAUGUAGGUAUUUCAAAUUAAGCUGAAAUACCACUGCUCUAAGCCAAUCAGAUUGGAGAAAUUUCUCAUGUAGUAGUAUAAAGUAUGAAAUUUCUCCUUUAAAUGUCAAUGCUUUAUAAAAUAGAGUGGUCAUGAGAAUUGUGGACAUGAUCACAGAGGAUAAAUCUUACUUUAUAAACAAAUUCCCCUCAACUACUUCUAUUAAAAAUGCACAGGGACAACAAAUAAUGAGAAUUAAAAUUUUGAUAUCAGGGUUUAAAGGGUUGUCCAGUGAUGUACAAGCAAACUCCUACAUUCACCACUGCCAAGAGGAGGGGUGGUGAUGGUUGAGGCUUAGUUUUAUUCAACUCCUGAUGGAUGUCUCAUUCCUUAUCUAUACUGGCUACUCAUGUCUGUCUCUUUGGUGUCAAAAAUCUGUCCGUUGUUGUGUGUACAUAGCCUAAAACCUUGUACCUUGUUUUAUUGCAUCAGAUUGAACCUCCUGUUGCUGAAACAUCAUGUAGGAAAUUCCUCCACAAGCCAUCAAUAGAUAUUAUGAGAAACCAUGGCAUCAUAUUUACUCGUGAUGGCGAGGAACAUGUUUACACUGACAGUACAUAUUUUGUCGACUGGAACACAGCCAAGAGACUCUAUGAUUUUGCUGAUGAAAUUAAACCAAUUGAUUGUGAAAUUGAUGCCUACGGUGAUUUUCUUCAAGCACUUGGGCCGGAGGCAUCGGCUGAUUACACUAAAAAUGUUGCUAAUGUGACAAAAGAGACAUCAUCAUUGGUUGAAAAGAGGAAAAAGAUUUUUGAGUUCUUGAAAGGAACACCUCUUAAUCUACUGCUACUUAACGAAUCCAAGUUCUACCAUAUUGGUACUACCAAAGAAUACAUCCAACAUUUUUGUAAAGAUCCUGUUUUCAGGUGAGAUAUAACAUUAAAAUUAAUAUGGCUGGCAUAAUGAAAAACAGGCUCCCUUUGUCUUGCUACAGCCCUGAUGUUAUAUCAACAUGGCAUGACUUGGCAAUGCAUUAAUUUAUUUGUCAUACAUGUUAAUUUCAAUAGCAAGGUCCUUUGAUUGUUGUUUUUUAAAUUACUAUUCAUUUCAGGCAUGAAAGCCAUUUUCUGCCAGAAGUCAUGGUCAAACGAACAGGAAUCAGUGAAGAGAAAAUCUCUGAUCAGAGUUGUCUGAUCCUCUGUAACCUAACACUGCCAUCCACUGUGGGACAGCACACAGUGCUAGAGUACUGCGAAGUCAAUGCCGGAUCGUCUGUUGGCAACAACUGUAUUAUCAGCAAUGUGCUGAUUCCUGCCGGGGCACACAUUCCUGAUGACACUUUCAUGACAACUGUCUGUGUUUCAGUUGGUGAUGUGACAGGGCUGUAUGUGACAGUUGUGUUUGGUGUUGAAGACAAUGUGAAGAAGAUGGCAAAACCAAAUGAUCUUGGGAAACUGCAGUAUUUUGGCUUGCCACUUGACAAGGCAAUGGCACUGUUAGAUAUAAAACAGGUGUGGAUUUAAGUUUAUAAUGAGAGUUUUUAUUAACUUGUCCAUUUUUUGCUCCUUUAAUUCUAAUUAAUGUUGAUACACCUUUUUCCUCACUGUUCUCCAUGUUUUGCAUACAAUGUACAUGUUACAGGUUAAAUUUAAUUUCAGGUUUAAGAUUUUUAACCUAAGUCAAUUCUCAAUUUCAUUUGCCUCUUAAGGCUGGGAGACAAAGGAAAUUGAGAAUCAACUUAGGUUAAAUCAAAUUUGACCUGUAACAUACAUACAAACUUUAAGUCAUCCCUAUCAUCUUUUCAUUUCAACUAAUUAUAAUUUUUCUGUUUCUGAUCGGCUUAUAUAUCCUGGCUAAUUCUUCAUAAGCCACUUGCUAGCCAGCGUAGCUGGUGGAAUUUUUCCUUGCGAGUGUUAUAGCAGCAAAGCCUCAUAAAGCAGGUGCUGAACAUGCAAGGAUUUCAAAGUGUCUCUUCCCCGUUCUCCAUGUCGAAGCACACUUCUGCCAAAAUUCUCACCGAUGUAACGAUCCUGCCAGCUACGGGCUCUAGGUAAAAGGUAAUUUGGACGGAGAUUCCAGCAUUUUCUUCGAAGUCACAGAGGGCUUUACUCCAGGCACCCCUUUAAUUACCAGUAUUGAAUUUGGCUUUCAUUUUAUAUGAAUAAUAUUAUACAGAUCUGCGAGGGUGUUAACAGGCUUGAUCUGGCUAUAAAUAUUAUAUAUUUUUCAUAACAUACUCAGCCUGAUUCAAUAAUUCCAUAUUUCCUUGAUUAAAUGCCGGCCUUGGAAAAAUACUGGGUGAAAACUGCUGAUUUUUGAAUAAACACGGCAGGUAUUUAAUCAAGAAAAUACAGUAAAUUAUUUGUUAUUGAUACUUAACAUAUACAAAAACUAAUCAAGAGGGUUUAAUCUUUGGCAAUCAUUUUCUUCAUCUGACCUCCCAUAGUUUUUUACUGAGCAGUUAAGUGAUAGCAAGGCAUGUUGUGAGUAAACAAGUAGGUACAGUCGGUAUAUUCCAACACUGAACAUUUACUAUGUGACUUAAUUUAUACAGGAAUCAGAGCAAGAGUUUGUGAGCUUGUGGCAGAUGAAACUAUUCCCAGCAUUUUACACCUGUGAAGAUUCUGUUUCCCAUGCAAUAAACAUGAUAAAUUCCUUAAAGAGUGGAAAUCAAGUUGACAAAGGAAAAACCACAAGCAUAGGAAAGUAUCUUUCCAUGGAGGAUGUUUUAGCAUUUAAGGAUAUUAAAGGAACUUUAGACAUUAGAGAAAAUUUAAGGAAGAAGAUUUUAGGGACAUAGACAAAACAAUGGACAAACCUCGAAUGUGUAAAUAAAUAUUGGUACUUGCGUGGUAACAUGGAUUAGGGUUUUGGAAAUCAAGGAACUGUAUUUUUAAAUUUUCGGGUUUAUACAUAAUUUAGUUAUCUGCAGUAUCAGAUAAGGUAAAGAAAGAUAGAAUAUGAACUUCUUCUCAUUUCUUGCCUCAGAAUAGCGUCAUCCUUCACCUAAUAUUAUAACAUCGAUAAAUUAUUUUAAAAGGGAUAGGAGAGGGAAAAGCAUCACAUACUUUCACCUAGUUGUUUCACUUUUAUAUAUAACAGCACCAAAUACAAG